AAAAAUUUAACUUAAAAUUAAUUAAAAUAAACUUUUCUUUUUAGUUUUGGUUAUUUGUAUCAAGGAUUAGCUCAGAAAAAAUAUAGUAAGUGGCAUUUAAUCAAACAGGAUAUGAUAAGAAAGAUCUUUAAUUUAGGUUUUAAGUCACCUUAAUCAACUUUCUAUAAAAGCAAUAGGCCAGUUUUAUCUUAUUGGUUUAGUACAAGUGAUAAUAAAGCACAACUCAAUUCAUCACAUUUAGAAAAGUUGUCUUAUUAUGAAUUACUAGAGGUACGCAAAGAUGCAACUGCAAGAGAAAUUAAAUAAAAUUAUUUAAGAUUGGCUAAGACUUAUCACCCUGAUGUGUAUAAAGGUUCAGAUGUGGAUAGAUUUAAAUUUAUCAAAGUAGCUUAUCAAGUAUUAAAAAAACCUUAAAGCAGAAGAUAAUAUGACGAAGAAUUAGCUGAAAAGGAAGGAAAACAAACUAAAUAUGACAAAGGGUUUUAGAAUUCUGAAAAUUAAGAUGACGCCAAUUAAGAAAAUUACACAGCUGAUGGUAAAAAAGAGUAAAAAAGAGGAUUUUCUUUUGAUGGAAUGAAAAUAGAUGAUACAAUUGAUCUUAAUAAAGAGUAUGAAAAAUUCUUUUCAAAGCCAAUUGAACGCUAGCCUGAAGAAGUUGUUGCAUAUGAAGAUGUUGUAGAAAGACAAAUGUCAAUGGAUGAAAGAGUUAGACAUGAAUUUACUUUUAUAAAAAAUAAUGAAAAUGAAAUAAAUUUUAGAUUUGGGCAUUAACAUAAAUAUUAAGAUAUUCUCAAUGAAAAUAUUGAUAUUAUGAAUUAAAAGGCUGCUGCUACUGAUGCAGCUGUUGACUACGUUAUGAAAAAAAAAGAAAAGAAAGCAAGGAAAUUAGAAAAAAUUGCACUAGCUGCAAUCAUUUUAAUUAGUAUUCCUAUCGUUCAAUAAGCAUUAGAAAGAAGACACGAAAUUUAUAAAAGAAUCGAUAAAGGGUCAUAACUCUUCCUCAGAGUGCAAGAAGACCAAGAUUUGCAAGACUUCCACAACCGUUUAAAAUUCGAGUUUAAAGAUUAAAUUUAAGAUUAAUAAAUAAGUGGAGAAUAGCAACCAUAACAAUAAAAAUAACAAGAAUAAAAACCUUGA